ACAAAACCACAAAAUACGCAAGUCAUUGCUGCAGCGCGUGCAAUAAACUAGAGAUGAUUAUACCAUGAUAAACUUUGUGCAGCACGAUUUAAUAAUCCAAUUAAAUCAUAUUUAAACACGCUGGUUUCAGAUGAGGUCACUUCCGAUCUGAAUGUUAGGCAUGAACAGAGUAAACAAAGUUGACCUUUGACCUGUGGCAUGCAGGACAGGCUCAGUCAGUCAUGGCGCUGUGUGGGCUCGGGCCAGUUAUUUUAGCAGCCUGGUUGUCCGGAGCUCGUUUAUCCACAGCAGAGGAGGAUUUGUUUUACACGGCUGCAGUGUUUGAACACCAGGUUCUCCUCAACCCGGAGCCCAAAGUGGCCGUGGGACGGAAAGCCGCACUGCAGCACAUGGACCGGAACUUGGAGGUGUUUGAGAAACAGGCGACUUCCGCUGCACAGCAGGGAGCCCAAAUCUUGGUGUUCCCAGAGGACGCCAUCCACGGAUUCAACUACAGCAGAGCGUCUAUAGCUGGGUAUCUGGAGACGGUGCCGGAUCCUGGAGCAGUGACCUGGAGCCCAUGUGCAGAUCCUGACCGAUUCCAAAAUACAGAGGUCCUGCAUCGUUUGAGUUGCAUGGCUCAGAAGAAUAGUCUCUUCCUGGUGGCGAACAUGCCCGACUGCCAGCCCUGUAACAGAUCAGUCGACCCGCUGUGUCCAGCUGACGGCCGCUAUCAGUUUAACACAGACGUCGUUUUUAGUGACAACGGCACCAUUGUGGCCAGAUACCACAAACAGAACCUGUACUUUGAGGCAGCCUUUGACACACCUCCUGAAUGCGAAUAUGUGACAUUCACUACUCCAUUCGCUGGACGCUUCGGGGUGUUCACUUGUUUUGAUAUAUUAUUCCGUGAGCCGGCUGUGACCCUGGUGAAGGACAUGGGCGUCAGACAGUUUGUGUACCCGACAGCUUGGAUGAACCAGCUCCCCCUGCUGGCUGCUGUGCAGAUUCAGAGCUCGUUCUCUUAUUCAGCUGGUGUCACUUUGCUGGCAGCAAAUAUUCGCUCGGCAGCUUUAGGGAUGACAGGAAGUGGGAUUUUUACACCCUGGGAUGUGCUUUAUCAUCACGACACAGAGAGCGAGGCUGGGAAACUGCUGGUGCUCAGAGUGCCCGUCCUGGAUCCCUUAUUGCUAGGGGACACUCCAGAGAGGGCUAGAUCGAAGUUAGUGCCCUUCUCUGGCCUUCCUAAAGUGGACACAGGAAAGGAACCAGAGGUUUUACCUUUCCAGAGAGGAUUCGACUCAGAAUUUUGCCUAAAAGAGGAUUCCAGUUGUAAUAAAUGGCCAACUCCAUUUACCUCCACCAUGAUGUACGAUAAAUUUACACUCGUGCCUCUACAUGGCAAAGAAGGGACUCUAACAGCAUGUGAUGGCUCGUUCUGCUGCCACUUGCUCUUCCGGAGGACAAAUUCCACCCCUGAAGAAGAGCUUUAUGCCUUGGGGGCAUUCGACGACCUCCAUGUGGUCCAUGGGACAUACUACCUAGAGGUGUGCGCCUUGGUUCGAUGCACAGGGCUCCAUCAGGAAAGCUGUGGAGGAGAGACGGAGCAUGCACACACAGUGAUUGACUUUCACCUGCACGCGAACUUCACAACCGAGCACGUGUACGCUGGCGUGCUGGGCAGCGGGAUGACUCUAGAGCGACCGGAUGAGUCCGGCUGGGAGAGUGGCGGGUUUUAUAUGAGCCGAAGAGGAAUGACCCGAGGCCUGGUGACCGCAGUGCUGUAUGGGAGAGUCUAUGAGAAAGACAGUGAAUAAAGAAGCACAGUUCUCUUUCAGUAUUCUAUCUGUAGUUGAGUGCAAAAGUUUGCACCUCCCUUGAGUUUUGAACACUGAGCUCUCCAGAUUUGAGAGAGCUCAGAGCCUAUUCCCCGCUGUAGAGACGAGUGAAGCCAUCUGGCUGCCAUAUUACCACUCCCAUUGCAUGGCUUGUGUGUUAAACCGUCGUAUCUGAUCAAAUUUACCCCAAGAAAAAUAUCUCCUAACUUUUUUCCCCACUUUCAUUACCUCUUCUCAUUGUCUCACCUUUACCCCCAUUCCUUACAUAUCUUUAUAGUGCUCCCCUUCACUGUUAUUGGUGUUUUCUUGUUUUUCCUUUUCCAGUCCCUUUUUUUUUUUUUUUGAAUGGUUCUUUUAGUACUACUAGAGUGGCAGUUACAAAUAUCGACCGAUCUUUUGGCUGCUGCAAAAGUAAAAAAGACUUUCAAUACACACAUUGUGCUUGAAUAGUUGCUCAAACUUCCACUGGGGGGGAAAAAAAAAAACUUGAUUCCCGAUUACUUGGUGUAUCAGAUCACAUGAUGCCGUUCCACAAUUAUCGACAGCCAGAUGAUUAUUUACAACCCCGAUUCCAAAAAAGUUGGGACAAAGUACAAAUUGUACAUAAAAACGGAAUGCAAUGAUGUGGAAGUUUCAAAAUUCCAUAUUUUAUUCAGAAUAGAACAUAGAUGACAUAUCAAAUGUUUAAACUGAGAAAAUGUAUCAUUUAAAGAGAAAAAUUAGGUGAUUUUUAAAUUUCAUGACACCACAUCUCAAAAAAGUUGGGACAAGGCCAUGUUUCCCACUGUGAGACAUCCCCUUUUCUCUUUACAACAGUCUGUAAACGUCUGGGGACUGAGGAGACAAGUUGCUCAAGUUUAGGGAUAGGAAUGUUAACCCAUUCUUGUCUAAUGUAGGAUUCUAGUUGCUCAACUGUCUUAGGUCUUUUUUGUCGUAUCUUCCGUUUUAUGAUGCGCCAAAUGUUUUCUAUGGGUGAAAGAUCUGGACUGCAGGAUGGCCAGUUCAGUACCCGGACCCUUCUUCUACGCAGCCAUGAUGCUGUAAUUGAUGCAGGAUGUGGUUUGGCAUUGUCAUGUUGGAAAAUGCAAGGUCUUCCCUGAAAGAGACUUCGUCUGGAUGGGAGCAUAUGUUGCUCUAGAACCUGGAUAUACCUUUCAGCAUUGAUGGUGUCUUUCCAGAUGUGUAAGCUGCCCAUGCCACACGCACUAAUGCAACCCCAUACCAUCAGAGAUGCAGGCUUCUGAACUGAGUGCUGAUAACAACUUGGGUCGUCCUUCUCCUCUUUAGUCCGAAUGACACGGCGUCCCUGAUUUCCAUAAAGAACUUCAAAUUUUGAUUUGUCUGACCACAGAACAGUUUUCCACUUUGCCACAGUCCAUUUUAAAUGAGCCUUGGCCCAGAGAAGACGUCUGCGCUUCUGGAUCAUGUUUAGAUACGGCUUCUUCUUUGAACUGUAGAGUUUUAGCUGGCAACGGCAGAUGGCACGGUGAAUUGUGUUCACAGAUAAUGUUCUCUGGAAAUAUUCCUGAGCCCAUUUUGUGAUUCCCAAUACAGAAGCAUGCCUGUAUGCGAUGCAGUGGCGUCUAAAGGCCCGAAGAUCACGGGCACCCAGUAUGGUUUUCCGGCCUUGACCCUUGUGCACAGAGAUUCUUCCAGAUUCUCUGAAUCUUUUGAUGAUAUUAUGCACUGUAGAUGAUGAUAUGUUUAAACUCUUUGCAAUUUUACACUGUCGAACUCCUUUCUGAUAUUGCUCCACUAUUUGUGGGCGCAGAAUUAGGGGGAUUGGUGAUCCUCUUCCCAUCUUUACUUCUGAGAGCCGCUGCCACUCCAAGAUGCUCUUUUUAUACCCAGUCAUGUUAAUGACUUAUUGCCGAUUGACCUAAUGAGUUGCAAUUUGGUCCUCCAGCUGUUCCUUUUUUGUACCUUUAACUUUUCCAGCCUCUUAUUGCCCCUGUCCCAACUUUU